AUGACUAAUGAAGAUAUUAGGACGGCUUUCAUAACCUCAGCUCAAUCCAUGAUGGCUCAAGCUAACCGAGAUGUGGGGCCUAGGGUGAAUGCUAAUGAGAGUAUCGUGGCCUCCAGGUUGAAAGACUUUGUGAGGAUGAAUCCUCCCAUUUUUCUUGGCUCUAGAGUGGGAGAUGAUCCCCAAGAAUUCUUGGAUGAAGUUUAUAAGAUAGUCAAUGUUAUUGGGGCCUUUAUAAGCGGUUCCUAUAGAAUGGGAGGAUUUAAGGAAGUAUACCUUGGUAGGUACUUUCCCUGUGAGAAGAGGGAGUGUAAGGCUGAGGAGUUUAUCAAUCUUAAGCAAGAGGAAUCCAAACAUAAGAGGAAAGGCGGGGAGUUAAAGAGGGGUAGAUUCGAUGAGCAAGUUCUACCUAGGUUCAGGAAGAAAGAUCCUAACCAAGAUUAUUCUAGUGCCCCUAAGGCUUAUGAGGAGAAAGGUGGUGGACCUCUAUUUUCUAAACUUCUUUGCACCACUUUUGAGAAGAGGCAUCAUGGGAAGUUCUUAGCCGGUACUAGUGGGUGCUAUGGUUGUGGAAAACAUGAUCACCAAGUGAGAAGUUGUCCUACUCUUACGGCUAGAGGAUGGGAGGGCAAUCAAACUCCUUAUGUUGGCCCAGAUCCUAAUGCUCCAACGAAGAACCGUUUCGAUGCACUUCAAGCCAAUGAGGGCAAAAGAGCUAAUCUGGAUGAAGGUACCGGUAAGCUGAUGGUUCCUUAUGAUUGUGAAUGUGUUCUUUGA